GUAGUAAGAUAAAGAAAUUGCUGAAGCGAGUGUUCAAGGGUGUACUUAAAUUUUGAGAACCAUGACUGCCCAAGUUAGCAGCGUUGCAUGUCUUUGUGUUUUCGGUCAGAGAAAAAUUCUCAAGAGUAAGAGGUGUUGCCUCUGAGGAUUCAGCUGUUGUGAAGACAACAUUGGAAGACAAGGUGAGGUUGGGAUCUUCACAACUGAAAGUGACUAGGCUAGGGAUCGGAACUUGGUCAUGGGGUGAUAGUAUUUAUUGGAACGACUCUCGAUGGAAUGGAUUUUAUUGAUGGUCUUGGUGAUGCCUACGAGCAGGGCCUAGUGAAGGCUGUCGGUGUCUCGAACUAUAGUGGUGCCGUAACAGGGAAGUAUACACCAGCAAAUCCACCUACAGGCCCUAGGGGAAAAAUUUACACUCUUGGGGUUUUAAAUAAUCUCAAACCUUUACUUAAUAGAAUUAAGGAAAUAAGAGAGAAAUAUAGAAAAACUCCUACACAGGUGGCUCUCAACUGGUUAAUAGCCCAGGAGAAUGUCAUGCCAAUUCCAGGUGCUAAAAUUACCGAGCAAGCUACGAAUUUGUAGGUGCACUGGGGUGGAGACUCACCAACGAAGAGAUCAAUGAACUACGCUUGUUAGCAUCAGAGAUAAGUCCUGUUAUUGGUAUCCCUUUAGGGAACUUCUAGACUUCGUAGCAGAUUCAAAGGCUUAUAUUGAUUCAAUAGCACACAUAUAUGCUUAGAGAAAAAGAAUGAUUUUAAGUGAAAUUUCUCUAUGAAUGUUAGGACAGAAAUAGAGUUUCCAGUAUUUAAUGUCUACCAAUUUCAUUGGCGUGAUUUAAAAUAAACAAUAAUUGCAAUGACAUAAAAAUAUGUGAAGAGACCUGCCAAUGUAAGCUGCCCAGAUGAAUAAGGUGAAAGUUACGGGACAACCUGGUUUGAGUCUUUGUGUAGGUAGUUUUUUCAACUUUAUAUCAUUUUGUUUAUCUGUUAUUUUGUUUGAAUUCAUUGUGUUGUUUAUAAGUUUAAAUGCUGACUGAUUUUUAUCAACAUUUGUACUCAUUGAAGUGAAAUAUAGUUUAAACUUGAAC